AUGGAGAUGUAUCUCUCAUUUCACAGAACUAUUGAUAACAGGAUGUUGAACAUGGCAAGUAUAAUGUGGAGGCCAUGCUACUCAAGAAUGAUGUCUUCGAAGCCACCAUCAAAACAUCAUCUAGCAAGGCAAUUUGAUAGCAGAACAAAACAUGGCCUGGACUUUCACAAUACUCUGAGAUUUCAUAAGGAACCAGAAAUGGCUUCUAUUUAUCAGAUGGAUCCUGAAGCAAAUGAAAUGGGUUUACAAGCACCAGAUAAGAUUGCAGCAGCUUUUCAAAGCGAGUACCGCCGCGCACGGGCGGGAAUGAACCGAGCUGCCGCCCGUCGCCUGAUGGAGCGGGGCGUUCAGGAGCCCAACCUGCUGACGGCCGCUCAGAAAGCCGAAAUGCGCCGACUGGCCGCUGAUGACCCGGAGCACUGGCGGCCGCCGCGGCUGGCAACCGCUUUCGGAGUUUCGAUCGGCGCCGUACAGAGGCUGCUGAAGAGCUGUUGGCAGCCGACAUCGCCUAAGGAAAUAGAACGUCACGACCGUAAAGUGGCAGCACGUCGUCAGGCGCUGGGCCUACCGGCGCCACCCGUACAGCCGCCCCUUGCUCCGUCUACCGCACCGGAGACCCCCCGUCGGCCACCGGGUCCCAUGACGGCCCUGCUACAUAUGUUCUCACAGCCGCCCGCGGUACCGGCCGACGCCCGCGAUGAGAAAACCCCGGCAGUAAGCGCCAUCUACUCCAGGGAUGAUGUACUACAGUUUCCCGUUUCUGGCGCUGGUAGCGACCCAGGCAGUGAAAUGCGGAGACUAGAUGUGCCUGUGAAUGUUGCUAGAAAGCAUAUGACCUUCAAUGAGCUGAAAGAAGCCGAGAAAAAUAUGGAACGAAAAAAGAAGUUAAAAAUCAGAAAUAAACUUCCAAAGGUCUAAGCUUGCAAUUCUUAUGCCUUGAGAUAUAUUGAUAUUUAGUAGCUUUCAAGAUACAUAUUCCCUGAGGCCUGAGCUAUUGAUAUUGUGAUUUCACUUGGUGGGUGUAUAUAAUGUUUUGAUCAUUUUAAUAGGAGACAGUAAUAAAAUACUGUUUAUUAAAAA